UCUGUAGGAGGAGGAGGAGAAGAUAGAGGGGGGAUACAGGGGGUACAGAGGGGUACAGGCACUCCUGCAGGCUCAUUCCAGUAGCUCACAGGUACACGCGCACCGAUCCGGAGCUUCGUCUGACUCGCGCAGCGCGCGCGCACGCACUUACUCACCGAAAUUAAUAAAUUAAAUAAUGAAUAGAUCGAGCGCGUGUUGAGACCAAGUAGAAUGAGAGUCGAUGUGUCGCAGUCACUGAAGAUUUGAUGUUUGGACUUGUUUGUGGAGGUUUUCAGUCAUGACGAACAGACGGGAAUAUGAGGAGUACUGGAGCGCGAGGAUGCUCGUGUCUCUCCUCUGGAUUCACAGCUCGGUCGGGAUGCCGCAUGUCAUACGGAUCGGAGGGAUUUUUGAACAAACUGAUGGACCAGUGGCUCUCGUGAGCUCUGAGGAGCUUGCCUUUAAAUUUGCUGUUAAUAACAUCAACAGAAACAGGACAUUGUUACCCAACACAACGUUAACAUAUGACAUUCAGCGGAUUAAUAUCUACGACAGCUUUGAAGCUUCCAGGAAAGCAUGUGACCAGCUGUCUUUAGGUGUCGUUGCCAUAUUCGGGCCGUCUCACAGUUCUUCAUCAAAUGCCGUCCAGUCGAUCUGCAAUGCCCUGGAAGUGCCACACGUUCAAGUGCGAUGGAAACAUCAUCCGAUGGACAACAGAGAUACGUUUUAUGCCAACCUGUAUCCCGAUUACUCUUCGCUUAGCUAUGCUAUCUUAGACCUGGUGCAGUUUCUCAAGUGGAAGACAGCCACUGUGGUUUAUGAUGACAGUACAGGUUUAAUUCGACUUCAGGAGUUAAUUAUGGCUCCGUCCAGGUAUAACAUCAGACUGAAGAUCAGACAGCUCCCACUGGACACCACGGACACCAGACCUCUACUUAAGGAAAUGAAAAGAAGCCGAGAGUUUCGCAUUAUUUUUGACUGCAGCCACAUAAUGGCAGCACAGAUCCUCAAACAAGCCCAGAUGAUGGGAAUGAUGACAGAGUACUACCACUACAUCUUCACCACUCUGGAUCUCAUGGCCAUAAACCUGGAGCCGUAUCGCUUCUGCGGUGUCAAUAUGACCGGCUUCCGAAUCCUGAAUGUGGACAAUCCUCAGGUUGCCUCCAUAGUGGAGAAAUGGUCGCUUGAGAGACAGAUUCCCCCGAAACCAGACUCUGGCCUCCUGGAGGGGAUCAUGACGACAGAUGCUGCUCUGACGUACGACGCGGUCCACAUCGUGUCGGUGUCUUACCAGCAUGCCCCACAAAUGACUGUCAACUCACUGCAGUGUCACCGGCACAAGCCCUGGAGAUUCGGUGGCCGCUUCAUGAGUUUCAUUAAGGAGUCUCACUGGGACGGCCUGACGGGACGGCUGUGCUUCAACAGGACCACAGGUCUGCGCACUGACUUUGAUCUGGACAUCGUGAGUCUUAAAGAGGACGGCCUUCAAAAGGUGGGGAAGUGGAGUGCAACCGGCGGUCUGAACAUCACCGAGGUCCCCAGGCAGAAUGGCAUGAAUAUCACAGACUCCCUUUCCAACCGCUCGCUGGUCAUCACUACUAUCCUGGAGGAUCCAUACGUCAUGCUGAAGAAGUCUGACAAGGCACUGGUCGGCAAUGAUCGCUUCGAGGGCUUCUGUAUCGACCUGCUUAAGGAGCUGGCCAGCAUUCUGGGCUUCUCAUAUGAGAUCCACCUGGUGCAAGAUGGGAAAUAUGGUUUCCAAGAUGACAAAGGCCAGUGGAAUGGAAUGAUAAAGGAACUCAUGGAGCAUAGAGCCGACCUGGCCGUGGCUCCUCUCACAAUCACUUUUGUCCGUGAGAGAGUUAUCGACUUCUCCAAACCUUUUCUAAACACUGGCAUCAGUAUCCUGUACCGGAGACCCAACAGCACCAACAGUGGUUUCUUCUCUUUCCUGAAUCCUAUGACCCCUGACAUCUGGGUCUACAUCCUGCUAGCAUAUCUGGGGGUCAGCUGUGUGCUAUUUGUCAUCGCCAGGUUCAGCCCAUACGAGUGGUACGACGCCCAUCCGUGCAACCCAGGAUCUGAUGUGGUAGAGAACAACUUCACGCUUCUCAAUAGCUUUUGGUUUGGCGUGGGCUCCCUCAUGCAGCAAGGUUCAGAGUUGAUGCCUAAAGCGCUCUCUACCCGAAUCAUCGGAGGAAUCUGGUGGUUCUUCACCCUCAUCAUCAUCUCGUCAUACACAGCAAACCUUGCUGCUUUUCUCACUGUCGAGAGGAUGGACUCACCCGUGGACUCGGCUGAUGAUCUGGCCAAACAGACCAAAAUAGAGUACGGGGUGGUUAAAGAUGGAGCCACCAUGUCCUUCUUUAAGAAAUCAAGAGUGUCCACGUUUGAAAAGAUGUGGGCUUUCAUGAGCAGUAGACAGAGCACAUCUUUUGUCAAAUCUAUUGAAGAUGGGAUUCAGAGAGUACUAAAGUCAGACUACGCCCUGUUGAUGGAGUCCACCACCAUCGAGUAUGCGACCCGCAAGAACUGUAACCUCACACAGGUCGGUGGCAUUAUCGACAGCAAAGGUUACGGCAUCGGCACCCCCAAAGGCUCUCCGUACAGGGAUAAAAUCACCAUAGCUAUCCUGAGUAUCCUGGAGGACGGUCGUAUACACAUGCUGAAAGAGAAGUGGUGGAGCGGCAGCAGUUGUCUGGAGGAUGAGCGGCACGAGACGGGACCAAUGAGCAUUCAGAAUCUGGGCGGUAUCUUCAUCAUCCUGGCCUCUGGUCUUCUUCUCUCUGUGUUUGUGGCUAUAGGAGAGUUCGUUUACAAACUGAGGAAAACUGCUGAGCGUGAACAGGUCUUUCUGCAGUGCAGUGGUGGACGAGAUCAAACUGUCGUUCACGUGCGAGAGACGAGUGAAACACAAACCCCGGCAACGGCCGGCGCCCGAGCCGAAGACGCACGCGGCGAUCAACAUGCACUCCUUCAACGACCGUCGCCUGCCAGGAAAGGACAGCUCGAGCUGCAACAGCGCGAUGACGCCCGUAUUUCCAUGACGUGCCUGGGCGACGGGCACUUGAGGCACGUCCCGGGCGGCGUACCCGAGAACAGGGACUACGGGCCCGAGAUGAUCACCGCAUUCACCAUCAACCGCAGAGACAUCCGACAUCAAACGAGCAGUCAGAACGGAGGAAGUAAACCGGGUAGCGAGCACAUCCUCAAACCAAUGUAUCCCACCAUGCCGUUGAGAGAGGGCGGCCGAUCCGUGUCCUUCCUGUAAGAGCCCGAGAUCUCCCAAACCGAGUCUGAUGUUUACAACCGGCACUCGAACGCAAAGCUCCCGAACCCCAACUAAAUGAAAAUCUAAGUUUCACACCGCGAUGGACCUGACGAAGCUCUCUGAAGCAUGGCAAUAAAUGAAACUACAGAUUAAAGGGAAGCAGAUUUCUUUUAUAGCACAUCGAUUCAUUUUAAAGAGUUCUGAUCGUUUCCAGUCGCGUGGAAAUCCUGUGGCUGAUGUUUUGCGGUGUGGCCAUAAAAUUAAACGACGUGCUCUCAACGAACAGUAACAACGGCGGCGAGAAAACCUUUACAGCCGCCUGUGUUCAUGGAAAUGCACAAAAAUAAACAGGGUUGAUUUCAUUCGACUCACCUCAAUAAAUAAAAAAAUGAAGAACGAUUCCUUUCCACGGCCCGUGAACUCAUUGCGCAGUGCUUACAAGUUAGACUUGCAGCCAUUUUGAUUGAUUUGUGCUUCAUACUUUGCCAGCAGAUGUUUUUACACAGCAAGAUCUAACGGUAAUGACAGAUAAACACAACGCUUGCCAAAGAUCUGUCAACCAAAUGGAUUUAGACACUUGAAACG